AUGGUAUCACAGUUGCACGCGAGGGAGAGUGCCACGGCCCCAAGGAGUGCCAAACUCACUAGGCAGUAUGCAGUCACCACCAUCACCACCUCAACCACACCUUCAUCCACCUCUCUGUGCUCUGAUUCAGGGGUUUUUAAGGGUAUUUUAAGGGUUCCAGAUGUGUUUAAGGGGUUUUUAAGGGACGACCCAGGUUCCCCCAGUGCCAGUAGACAGUGCCAGGACAGUGCCACGCCCCCACAGACAGUGCCAGGGGGGCCAGGCUCCACACCCGCUCCACAGGGCCGGGCGAACACCCCAGACACACCCGCACCCAGGGCAACCCACACCCGCCUGGAAUCCACCUCUACCUAUGAAAGCUGUGAGGAAUUCCAAGGGCUUGCUCGAUCACACUCAUCUUCAGCAGCAAGUUACGACAGUGCCCCUCCACCUCUUCCUGACACGUCUCCCCCGGUUGUGGCGCCCCUGGUGGCCCCACAGGAGGUGCCCCCACGUUCUCCAGUCCCCCAGGAGCCCCCACAGCAAGCCACAAGGUCAGGGCCGGCUAGGGUACAGCACUACAAGCCCCCAUCUGUAAAUUUUUCAAUCUCUACAUACACUUCUCGUUCGGAAGAGAAAAGUUAUGACAAAAAACUCGUCAAAACUGAUUCCUUCAGCCAAGAUACCCCUGCCGCAGCCUCCACCGCACCUCCUACCACAGCACCAGCCCCUGCCACAGCACCAGCCCCCGCCACAGCAGCCAAAACAGCGACAAACACAGCACCAUCUAAACCAAUCCUCCCAGACAAGCCGUUUUUCAAGGAGUUUUCAGCAUCUUCCCGCCUCGCUCAGGGCCCAACGAGGUGGAUCCCCCGCGUGGCUGACGGGGAGAGGCGCCCCCCGACCUUCAGGCACCCCGCUGCCCCACGUAGAGUGCAGCCGCGUCGCUCCCCUAGCUACCAACCCUCCCCAGCUGCAGAGUGUGGGGGUAAUCCGCGAUAUAUUAGGACAACAGCCACCGCAGCAGCACCCCCCCCCCCCAGCAAGCCCCCAGCUACUCCCAGGGCCCCCCCGAGGUAG